AGAUUGGCCCAGUGUCCAUCACUAAUGAUCCAAAGGUGUUCCAAGAAAACUUACACAACUUGUAUGUACAGGGAGGAGCUGAUUGUCCUGAGAUGAGCGUUGGUGCGAUUCUUACAGCCCUCAAUAUCAGUUUACCUGGAUCGUUUAUCUAUGUGUUUACAGAUGCUAGGGCAAAAGAUUAUUAUCUCACAGAUCAGGUUUUGCGUCUCAUUCAAGAGAAGGAGAGUCAGGUUGUAUUUGUACUUACUGGUGACUGUGGAAACACAACUCAUGAGGGCUUCAAAUCUUAUGAAAAGAUUGCAGCAACAAGUUCCGGCCAACUUUUUAAAUUGAACAAAUCUGAUGUAGAUGAGGUGCUAACCUUUGUCAAAGUGACGUUACAAGCGAGAAAGGUGAACUUGCUUUCAGCUGAUUUUGAAACUGAAGGGGUCAAAUAUAUUAGGAUUCCGAUUGACACUGAAUUACAACAGAUCACGGUUUCAGUGAGCGGUGUGAACCCACGUAUUACUAUCAGAGAUCCAUCAGGAAAACUUACUGAUGGAAAAGAACUUCUGCGUCUAGAAAAUGGUUAUGUCGUAUCGCUAGAGAAUCCACGGCAUGGUAUUUGGCAGCUUAUAAUAGGAGCAGACUCACAGUAUGAACUUAGGGUGACAGGGCUGAGCUCUCUGGAUUUUGGUUAUGGAUUUUCAAAAGAGCCUGCUUAUAGCAUUGACGGCACACAACGCAGACCUAUCAGAGGAAUUCCCAACUAUCUCUUGAUUGAGUCCAAGAAGCUCUUCCCACCUGGUGUGAUCACAAAGAUGGAGUUCCUAUCACUUAGUGGAGAAGUGAUAUCCGAAUAUCCUCUUGAGUACAAUCCCGACAACCCACUGUUCUACAAUGUGUCAUCGGUAACAACACCGGAUGAGUACUUUUACAUCAGAGUGUCUGGUGUUGACAGGCGGAAUUUUGAUUUCCAACGUACAACAAAGACAGCAAUUAGCCUGUUAAUACCAGAUCCCCCAGUAGUGUACAUGUCACCACAUUCUCCCGGUUACUAUGACACCGAUUCCUACUUGAAAUGUUUUGUCACAAGUCUGGUACCCAUCGAAGUCUAUUUCAAAAGAAAUGGCGCCCCCAUCGGAGAGGUUAUGUUCUUCAAUGGAGACGCUGAAGUGCAACAUUUGAUUGAGCGGGCAACUAAUGCCGAUGAGGGCUACUACGAAUGCUGGGCUACCAAUGCUGAGGGAAUUGGAAGUGAUACCACAUACCUUGAUGUAACAGAACCUCCUCCCACAAUCCAAAAGCCGGAGAAUGUAACCACCUUACCAGGAGCAAAUGCAGUGUUAAGAUGCCAAGCUUACAGCACAGUUAAAUACAACAUUACUUGGACCAAGCCUAGAUCUUACGUCCCUCUGCGAGAGAAUGAGUUUGUUCGUCAGCUUGCUAACGGAUCACUCCUCGUUAUGAAUGUACGUGAUUCUGAUGGCGGCAAGUACCGGUGUACUGCAGCAAAUGAGGGAGGAUCUGUCUAUGAAGAACUGUUCUUACUUGUUCAAGAGGUUCCAGUGAUCACGAUCCUUGCCUCCAAUAUCACCUACACAGCAGGGAUGAACUUGACACUUAACUGCUUCGCUUCUGGUUACCCUACGCCAUCCAUCAGCUGGAGCAAGGACAAUAAAGAGCUUCCUCAGAUGGCAGGCCUUUCAAUUGGCUUCGAUAAUGAGCUAAUUAUCCACAAUGCGGGCCCAGAUUCGGCCGGUACCUACUCGUGUGAUGCUAUCAACCCAGCCGGGCAUGAUACUCAAAGCAUUGUAGUUGAGUUUACAGCUGUUCCAGAGAUCACGCUAGUUAGUGAACAAAUCUUAGUAGCCCAGGAAGAGACGGUAAUUCUAACUUGCCCUGCCAGUGGUAUCCCACCACCAUCGAUCAUCUGGAUGAAAGAUAAUGAAAUCAUAGAUGAAUACUCCUACUAUCUGGUUUUGCCGGAUGGAAGCCUGGAAGUGCCAAGUGCACAGGAGCUUGACGAGGGCUUGUUCCGAUGUAUCGCUAGUAACAUCGCUGGCACUGCUACUGCAUCAAUGUUUCUGGAAAUUGGAUCAAUCCCAAAAAUCUUGCAACCACCUGACAACGUUGCUAUUGACAUCGGUCUGAAUGCCUCUUUCCCAUGCCUGGCCUUUGGUUUCCCAAGACCUGUCAUCUCAUGGAGAAGGAUUGACGGCAAGGACUUGAGCAUCAACCCAAGAGUGACAGUCACCAGUGGUGGUUCUCUUCAUAUCAGAGACUUGACUGUAGAUGAUGCUGGAACAUAUGUUUGUAUUGCUAAGAACAAGUUUGGACGAGAAGAAGAAACAGCUCAACUACGUAUCACUGGUCUUGUACGACCAUACAUAUUCAGCAGCCCCGCUCCAGAAGAAAUAGCUAUCAUCGGAAUGAGAAUCACUUUGAACUGCAGAAUGGAAGGCAAUCCUCCGCCCCAGGUGUACUGGUACAAGAAUGACAACCCAGUUAAUCCGACCUCCAACCCUAACUAUCGACUUGAAACUGAUGGAUCUCUAACAAUCAGCAACAUUCAGGAAGGUGAUGCUGGUGUGUUCAAAUGUGAAGGAAUUAACGUUGCUGGGCAAACACAAGUGGAAAGCAACCUGAUAGUCCAAGUACCACCUAGGAUCCCACCAAAUCCGCAAGUUGACUAUGUUAUUAACGUCAGACAGAAUGUUACUCUGAGAUGUCCAACCGAAGGUUACCCACCGCCGAUGAUCACAUGGUCAAAAGGUGGACAGGAAAUCACAACAAACAAUCUGUAUUACUACCAACUUGGCAACAAUCUCAUUAUAACAUCAGCAUCCGCCGAUGAUGCAGGCACAUAUACCUGUGACGCUAGAAACCCAGCUGGUACUGAUUCUUUGGAAAUUUCACUUUUCGUCAACAGUCCACCAAAGUUCAAACCAAACCAGAAGGAAGGUGUUGUCAAUGUUGUUAUUAACCAGACGCUGUGGCUGCCAUGUGCUGUGGACAGUGUCCCCUCUGCCAUCUUCACAUGGUACAAAAAUGGAUUCCGCAUCACACCUACCACCGCCAACCAACUAAACAACAAUGAGACGCUAUGGAUUGGUGAAGUUCAGCUGACGGACAACGCUGACUACAUCUGUGUUGCUUCUAAUAUCGCUGGAAAUAUUUCAAAAACAUUUAAUGUCCAUGUUUGGGUUCCUCCAACCAUUGUUCCUGAUGAAAGAGUGUGGACUGUACAUGAAGGAGAUGCUGUUGUUCUACCCUGCAUUGUCCAAGGUAUCCCUACUCCAGAGGUAGAGUGGCAGAAGGAUGGCCGUGCCAUAAAGAGGCGCUCUCAAAGACAUACCAAGCUGGAUACAGGAUCACUGGAGAUCAUCAGUGCCAUCAAGACUGACACAGGAACCUACAUCUGCAGUGUCAGAAACGAUGCUGGUGCCAUCCAGAGGACAAUCUUCUUGGAUGUCUAUGUACAACCGGUGAUCAUCGAUCAAACCCAGAUUUACGAUGUUAACGCGGAUGGCUCCAUUACUCUCUCCUGCUCGUCAAGUGGUAUUCCAAGCCCGCAGAUCACAUGGAUGAAGGACGGACAGGAGAUUGUAGAAGCUGCACGUGGGGACACCGAGAUGCGUUUUGAAGUUGACCAAUCAGCAGGUACCCUUACAAUAAAUAGCGCUGUUGAAUCCGACACGGGUGUGUAUGUUUGUACUGUUAGCAAUCCAGCUGGCAUUACUUCAAAGGAGAUCACUCUUCUCGUUAACAUUCCUCCUGAGAUCCCUGAAUGGGACCGUGAUAAUCAUGUAGAUGUUGUCAUCGGCAACCCCAUUGAGCUGCCGUGUGAGGUUGAAUCUAUCCCUCCACCGUAUUACACCUGGUAUAAGGAUGAUAAUCUUCUGAAUCCAAACAAGGAAGUGAUAAUAAAUAGCAAUGGUAACCUAGGUAUUCUCCGGACUACCGUGCUUGAUAGUGGAAUUUACACAUGUAUCGCAUCCAAUGUUGCAGGAAACAUUUCCAAGAUUUUCCGUGUUGAAAUUCAAGUACCUCCAACCAUCCUUCCUGGAUUGAACAGCCUAACAUUGGUAUCCGGCGAAACUGCGUACCUAAAAUGCGAAGUAGAUGGUAUCCCUUACCCACAGGUUAUGUGGCACAAAGAUGGCCAAGUGUUGAACAUUCAGCAAGAUCCACGCAUGGUGUACGUGAGUGCAAGUGGCAUGUUGAGCAUUGAUAACGUGCAGGAUUCUGACACGGGUGAAUAUGAGUGUUACGCAUCAAAUCCUGCAGGUCAAACCAGCCGUAGAAUCUCCAUGUUUGUUCAAGUUCCUCCAUUGAUUCUGGAUGAGCGCACCAACUACGAGGUUGUAGUACGAAACCCAAUCACGCUUCACUGCCCAGCAUCAGGAGUACCUGAACCUGAGGUCACAUGGUACAAAGAUAGUUUGUUGAUCUUGAAAGACGAUAUGCGUUACUUCCAAAUGCCUUCGGGAUCACUGCAAAUUUCAUCCACUGUCCGGGAAGACACGGGCGAGUUCAAGUGCUCGUGGACUAAUGCUGCUGGUUCAGAUGAUAAAGUUACAUACCUCACUGUUCAUGUUCCCCCACGUAUUAUUGAUGCUGAUCAACUGAACGACUACAGCGUCAUUGUAAACAACUUAGUCACACUAGAAUGCCCCGUUGACAGCUCCCCACCACCGGUAUUCAUCUGGAAAUUGAAUGGCCUAGAAAUUGACAUGUCAGAUCCCUAUUAUGAACAUUUUGAAGAUGGUUCCCUCAUUAUACGCUCAACAAAACUUGUUGAUACUGGCGAAUACCAGUGCAUUGCUAUGAACAUUGUGGGCAAUACAUCACGCACAAUGCAGUUAAAUGUACAAGUUCCCCCUGAGAUUGAAGAUGGCCCAACUGAGAUCAAGAUUAUGCUUGGAGAGGUUGCAGACCUGCCAUGUGUGGUUUCUGGUGUGCCAUCACCAGAUGUCAUCUGGCAGAAGGAUGGCAGAGUUCUUGAUAUUGCAAAUAACAACAUGGAAAAACAGCAGUCUGGUUCUCUGAUAAUCUUCAAUGCUGUCCAGUUCGACUCCGGUUCUUACACUUGUGUAGUUACAAAUGAAGCUGGAUCAGAAACUAGGCUUAUAAAAGUUAAAGUACUUAGCAAACCAUACAUCAGGAAAGAUAUGCCGCCUGUUGUCACACCAACAAUGGGAACUUCCAUCAAGAUUCCAUGCUCUGCCAUUGGCCUUCCAUAUCCAGACAUUCGUUGGUACAAAGGCAAUUUAGAGAUCCAGAAAUACCAGAGAGGCUACACAAUUAUGAAUGAUGGAACUCUAAGCAUUGCCAGCUUGCAGCCAUAUGAUAGUGGUAACUUUACCUGUAUUGCCCGGAAUGAGGCGGGAACGGAUAGUGUCAGCAUGAUGAUUGAUACUCAAGUACAACCAAGAAUUUCUGGCGAGAACACAGUGAGGAACCCAACCAAGGAAGCUGCGAUGCUCGGUAAGCCUAUCAACAUGUAUUGUAACGUGACUGAUGGCCACCCAGAAGCUUUCAUUCAGUGGUAUCGCGACGGAAAUCCAAUCUACCUCUGGGAGAGUGGGCUGCAUGUCUCGGAAGAUGGUAUGCUCUUGCAAAUCUCCUCCUUCCAAGAGACAGAUGUCGGUAUCUAUGAAUGCAUAGCAAAAAACUCCAUCGGUAACAGCACUCGUUUCUACGAUGUCUCCAUUUAUGUCCCGCCAUCAAUUUCACAAGACGAUUUCACCGUGAAGACAUUGAAUGCUGGUGUUCCGCUGCAGCUGCAUUGCGAGGCAUAUGGAACACCUCCACCUCGUUACAUUUGGAAGUUCAAUGGUAUUCCAUUGUCGAGUAACAACAGACGAUAUAUCGUAAACCAAGACGGUUCCUUGCGUAUACAGCGCACUAAAGUCUACGACUCCGGUAUCUACACCUGCAUGGCACAAAACAUCGCUGGCAAUGAUUCAAUCAGUGUUGAAGUACGAGUGUUUGUAAAGCCAAGCAUCAGCAAAGGCCCUCAGGUCAGAAGUGUUGUGAUUGGGGAUGGGGUCAUCCUACCAUGUGAAGCAGCUGGUGUCCCACGACCUGUGGUGACGUGGCAGAAGAACGGUGCUCCACUGAUUAUCAACAACCAAACCAUGAAGCAAGUGGAAUCAGGAACACUACACUUCCUGACAACAACGAGAGAAGAUCCAGGAACUUACAGAUGCAUUGCGGAAAAUGAAGCUGGAGUCGUUACCAGAAAGAUUUUCCUGGAUGUUCUCAUUCCUCCAUCACCAACCUCCAAUGCACCAGACAAUGUUGCUGCAACCAUUACAAAUGAUGUCACAAUACCUUGUGUGGUGAGUGGAUCUCCAAGGCCACAGGUCACAUGGUGGAAGAACAACCGGCAGUUGCAGAUCGAUGGACUCAAAUACAUCCAGACUGAGAACGGACUGAGAAUUCGCAAAGUAGAUACGGCGGAUGCCGGUGUAUACACCUGUUACGCGGUUAAUGAUGCUGGAGUGUUACCGGUCGAUGUUGAGAUGACAGUUCAAGUGCCACCAAAGAUUACUGGAUCCACUGUUGAGAGGAACCAGCCAGUUGUAAAGAGCAACAGAAUCUACCUUGAAUGCCAGGUCACUGACGCUUACCCCCCUGCUGUUAUCAGUUGGUACAAGAAUAACCAGCUACUUACUGGUGAUGAACCAAACAUUCAAGUCAUCGGAAAUGGCCGUGCUCUUCAGAUCUUCUCUUCCACAGAAGAUGACACGGGCAACUAUUUCUGCAUGGCAACAAAUGUUGCAGGAAAUGCAACAAAACACUGGAAUAUUGAAAUCCAGGUUCCUCCAACUAUAACAGACAAUCAAAGAGUAGAUUUGACAGUUGUGAUUGAGAGUGGCAUUGUCUUACCGUGCGAAAUUCAGGGGUACCCGCAGCCUUAUGUCAAAUGGUACAAAGAUGGCAAAGAGAUAUUUGGCAACAACAUCAACCACAAUGUCCAGGAGAGUGGCUCAUUCGAAAUCAAACAGGCAACAGAUAAGGAUUCUGGGACUUAUGUCUGUGUUGCUUAUAACACAGCUGGUAAUGCUACAAAAACUAUCCACCUUAUCACACACGUUCCACCUCGAUUUGGUGAUAUCCCAGUAGAGGAGGCUAUUGUUGUAUCUCCUGGAGACCCUGUGCUUUUACCAUGCGAAGCUGUAGGCAACCCACGUCCAACAUUUCAGUGGAGAAAAGAAGGCACAGUCCUCCCUGACCAGAGUGCUGCCUAUAUCAUCUUGUCAUCUGGAUCAAUGUAUGUUAAUAGUACCCGUGAAUCGGAUAAAGGAACAUAUACAUGCUUCGUCUCAAACAUUGCAGGAACGAUUCAGAAGGACAUACAUUUGUUUGUACAAGAAAGACCGAAUAUAGAUAUAUCUGGAGAACUUAAUGUUGAAUACUCACCACCAGAAGGGAAGGACAUGAAUUUACGCUGUCCAGCAACCGGUACCCCAGUUCCUGACUUCUACUGGUUCAAAGAUGGACAGCCAGUUUCUGGCCCUCGAUUCAACAUCAAGCGUGACGGCACACUUCAAAUUAAAGAUGUAGUAAGGACAGACUCUGGUAGUUACCAGUGUUUGGCCACCAAUGUUGCAGGAAACACCACUUUGAUGCUGGAUCUUACUGUUAGAGUACCACCACGCAUCUUGAACAAAACAUUUACGCCAAUCGACCUUGUGGUUUACCUCCACAAUCCACUAAGUUUGAUCUGUGAGGUUGUCGAUGCCGUUCCAUAUGCCACAAUCAUUUGGAAGAAGAAUGGAGAGACCAUUGUAGAUAAGACUCCAGACAUCCAAAUUUUGGACAACGGUCAGACAUUGCACUUUCCAAGUGUAGUGUCCGAGCAUGGAGGGCGAUACACCUGUAUAGCAGAAAACGGCGUUGGUGAAGAUACAAAAUUCUGGGGUCUAACAGUUCACAUACCACCAACAAUUAUUGGUGGCGGUGAUGUUGUGUUCCCGAUGAGACCUCAGCCGAUAACUGUUGACCAGGAUAAGCAAGUUAUGUUACCGUGCAAUGUCUCUGGCAAUCCGAGACCGAAAAUCACAUGGUACAAGGACGGCAAUUUAGUGACACCUAACGAGCGUGGCGUUACAGUGUCGUGGGACGGACAGAUGCUGACCAUUAGCCGUGCUGAUGUCAUUCACACUGGUCACUUCAUGUGCGUGGCUUCCAGUGUAGCAGGCAACACAAGUAUUGAAUACGAGUUAACUGUUAAUGUACCACCAAUCAUAUUUGGAUCUGAGUUCCCAGUUAAUGAAAGCGUCACCAUAAAUGGAGCCAUUACCCUAGACUGUACCACUACAGCCACACCGGAACCAACCAUUGAGUGGUACAAUGGUGAGAUACCUUUGGCAGGUAGUGAGUUAGGUGUACGAUUUGACCAAAAGAAGCACCAAUUGACCAUUGAGAAUGCACAGCUGGUGCAUGAUGGAGUCUAUCGAUGUGUUGCAACUAAUGUGGCAGGCCAACAGGAAAAGUACUUCAACCUGCAAGUCCAAGUACCAUCCACCAUCACUGAUAUAAGUGAGGGGCAGGUUAGUGUCGAGUUUGGCUCAGAGGUAACGCUAACCUGUGACAAUUAUGGCAUACCGACACCGACUGUGACAUGGUUCAAAGGAGAUAACUUCAUUCCAGUAGACAGUGCAAGGUUUGUCCAGACAAAUAAUGGUCUGUUCAUUGCUGAGACUACUACCACCGACACUGACCUCUAUAGAUGUAUAGCCUCAAAUCCCGCUGGAGAGUCUGAGCGCAGAGUUUACCUCCAGGUCUUAGUUGUACCAACAAUCACCCGUGGUUUGGACACUAUCAAGACAGUGGUUGGCAGGAGGGUACGUUUGCCAUGUGAUGCCUCUGGCACUCCUAAACCCCAGAUUACAUGGCAGAAGAACUACCACAUCAUUGAUAGAAAUGAUAAUGAUGAUGGAUACAAGAUCCUUUCUAAUGGCAUGCUUUACAUUCAAGAAGCCACAAUUGAAGAUGCCGGAAUCUAUCGAUGUAUAGCUUCCAACCAGGCUGGCACAACUGCAAUGAAGAUAGAACUUCAAGUACAAGUUGCUCCAACUAUCAAUAUCCCUGAGAAGUUUUACUCAGCUGUUGAAGAGGAAGCCAUUAUUCUAGAAUGCAGUGCUACAGGAAUUCCAAAACCAGAAAUUCAGUGGCUGCACAAUGGCAUCGAGAUCUCUGACAGACGCUAUGUCAAACGCCUUACUGGAUCUCUCCAAAUACCUUAUGUACGAGCUGAAGAUACUGGUCGAUAUACUUGUCUUGCUAAGAACGAUGUCUCUAGCGUGUCUGGCAGUAUCCAACUUCAAGUAUUAGUUCCACCAACGAUCACUAAAGAUCAGGGAACAUACGACAUCGGCCUGUACAGCCGUGCUGCCUUGCCAUGUGUGGUCGAUGGCGCACCUAAGCCUGAUAUUACAUGGACCAAAGAUGGGCAACCGAUUGAGGAGAGUAGCCGUUAUUUUAUCCUAGAAUCUGGCACCCUUGUGUUUGAGAGAGUAGAGAGAACCGAUGCUGGUCAGUAUGUAUGUACUGCAAUUAACGUUGCUGGACGAAUGUCUCUCAGUGUUGAGCUUGUUGUCAAAGUUCGUCCUGACUUUGUUGUCUUCCCUAACGACUUGGAGCUUGCUGUUUACGAAGAAUUAGAAUUAAACUGUAAAGCUAUUGGUACGCCUACACCUGAGAUCACAUGGAAAGUGAACAAUACCAUUAUUCCAGGAACCGUGAGCAUCAAUGGCAGCAGUACUUACAGGAUUGUCAACGUGAUGAAAGAAGAUGCUGGAAAAUACACCUGCGUAGCAGAAAACUCAGCCGGUAGCAGAAUUGCUGAUGCUGUUGUCCGCAUAAGAGUGCCUCCAAGGAUCAUGAAGCAACCACCACGUUCCUGGACUGCCGUGCCAAUGUCCGUCACAAUGUUUGAUUGCGAUGUGAUUGGCUUCCCAGAACCAAGAGUCAUGUGGUUUAAGGAUGGCGAGCCUGUUUCACUUGACAACCGUAUCGUGAGAGCAGACAAUAACUCUCUGGUGAUCCACGAUACUAACGAAGUUGAUUCUGGAGUAUACCGAUGUGUUGGUAUCAAUGAAGCCGGAGAAGCCUCAGUCAUUUCAGAGCUCCGUGUAUCAUAUCCACCGCAGUUUUUGAUUGAACCAGUCGCAGCCAGUGCCAGCCUGGGUGAGCUGAUCCGACUGGAUUGUACCGCCCAAGGUAUUCCUAUACCUGUGAUGACAUGGCAUGCAGAGCUAAUCGGACGACCUGGCAGUUACAUCAUCAACGCUGAUCGUCAGUCUCAACAAUUCAACAUCCUCUCCAACAACUCUCUUGUGAUUGUGUCUGCGCAAUUAGAAGACAGUGGCAUUUACACAUGCAAAGCAUCCAAUGAAUUUGACAGCAUACUCUCUAGUGCUCAGGUUACCAUUAGAGUCGACGGAAAUUGGUCUCCUUGGCAACAAUGGGGGUCGUGUAGUAAAACUUGUAGACACCAGGGUGAAACAGGCAUGCAGAAACGUAUGCGACUUUGUAACAAUCCAAUGCCUGCAAAUGACGGGCGAUUUUGCACCGGGCCCGAUGCUCAAUACCGGGACUGUAAUGCAGAUAUUAAUUGUCCGAUUGAUGGAGGCUUUGGCCCAUGGACACCGUGGGAACCAUGCUCAAAGACUUGCGGGCGUGGAAUUCGCACCAGGGAGCGCAAAUGUAACAACCCAGCACCACAAUAUGGUGGCAGAGAAUGUCAAGGGCGUACCACUGAGCAAGUGCUGUGCAUCAUGGGAGAGUGUCGUAUUGAUGGUCAUUGGUUAGAGUGGGAUGAAUGGUCUGAGUGUUCCGCUACCUGUGGUGAAGGUACCAUGCAAAGACAGCGCCGUUGCUUACCCCCAAUUAACGGUGGUGAACCAUGUGAAGGACGGCCAUUCGAGGUUGACACGUGCUCCCUCGGACCAUGUAUAUACAAUGGCGGUUGGUCAGAUUGGAGCGAUUGGUCCAUUUGUACAGUUUCGUGUGGUGGCGGUGAGCAGUUCCGAGACCGUUCAUGUACAGACCCAACUCCAUCACCUAACGGAUUGUUUUGUGAGGGUGUUACAAAUCAAUUCAAAACAUGCAACCCAGAACAAUGUAUACAGCAUGGUAAUUGGGGAGAAUGGGGAGACUGGGAGCAGUGUGACCGUCCUUGCGGUGUAGGACGAAGAAUCCGACGCAGAGAAUGUAACAAUCCACCCCCGAGCCCUGAGGGUCGAAUGUGUUUUGGCAACAGUAUCAACACCAAAGCAUGUACACUCAGAGAAAGUUGUGAUGGCAGCUGGAGCGAGUUUGGACCAUGGUCCGGUUGUCCCGCAACUUGUGGAGAAGUAUUUAGGAUCCGUGAAAGAACAUGUGAUAACCCAAGGCCAAUUCUCAGUGGUGCCCCUUGCUUUGGAUCAGCAGUAGAACAGAAACGCUGCCCUCUGCCUCCUUGUUUUGUAAAGCCUACGGAAACGGCUGGCACUGUCACAGGUUCAAUAAAUAAUGUAGUAAUUAGAAGUGGGUUACUUUAUGGUAACUUCACCUCUUCCGAUACUGAUACCACAGUUCAUGCAGAUAUAUACGAUAUUCCACAAGAGCUUGGCAAUUCUAUGCGUAUACUCUUGUCAAUGAUCAGCCCUGUGUUCUGGACCGUUGCCAGGGAGAUAAAUGGUGCUGUCAACGGUUUGAUGUUAACAAAUGGAAUCUUCCGCCAGCAGUCAAGAGUCGAGUUUAACACUGGUCAAACCUUGCACAUAAAUGUCAGUGCAUUGGGUAUAGAUGAACAGAAUUCUCUCAUCUUUGAUGUGAGGAUUGAUGGCCACAUGCCAGAUUUACGAACAGCAUCCUCCAUCCAAUUGAUCCCAUAUGAAGAAAAGUAUCAUCAACUUGGUGAAGGAAAGCUGUACGCCAAAUCAACACGCAGUCUUUUCGUGGACGGCAGGGCUAUGCCCUAUUACUGGAACCACACAAUUUAUUAUGUUGGUAAUAAUAUGCCCUCCCUAAUACAGACACUGAAUGCAAAUGGACUUUCGACACGUUACUCAACAGCAGAGGGUAGGCUCGGUCUUUUCAUCCGCGCCAGUAUUGAGCCAGUUUUCACCAGCACAUGUCCAGUAGGCUUCACCUAUGACAACACUGGUCCAUAUUGUGUAGACACCAAUGAAUGCCAGUCAUAUUUGCGAGUGUGUGUCGAUAUUUGUGUUAACACUUUGGGAAGCCACUACUGUUCCUGUCACCCAGGCUUUCAACUUAGCGCCAAUAGAAGAUCAUGCAGUGAUAUUAACGAAUGUGCUAUAAAUAACGGUGGUUGUGCAAAUGGAACACAAUGCCACAAUACAUUUGGAAGUUAUAGAUGCCUUGUUCAAUGUGGACGGGGUUUAAGAAUAUCCGAAGAUGGAACAACAUGCGUAGAUGUGGACGAAUGCGUGGAGUACAGACGAGGGCGGUGUCAUCAUGAAUGUCAUAACACCUACGGCAGCUACGAAUGUACCUGUCGCACCGGCUUUGAGUUACAAAACUCCCGACAGUGCAGAGAUAUUGAUGAGUGCAGGCGAUCAGAUGUAUGCAGUAGUACUGAGAAUUGUAGAAAUAACUACGGAAGCUUCACAUGUUUUUGCAAACCAGGCUACCAACGGAAUGAGAGACGCGUCUGUGAAGAUAUCGAUGAGUGUAGAAUUGGUACUUAUCGAUGCAGCCAGAAUUCAGUAUGUAGUAACACCAAUGGAAGCUAUCUCUGCAACUGUCGACCAGGAUAUCGACAGCGUGAUGGAUUCUGUGUUGAUAUAAACGAGUGUCUACAAUCAAAUGUUUGCCAGUAUCAGUGUAAGAACACAGAUGGAGAUUAUGAAUGCAUAUGUCGUCCUGGCAUGAUUAGCCUUGCAGACAGAAAGUCUUGCAUACAGUACAUACAGCCUACAGACAGACUGUCUUUUGGAGGGCAGACUUUAACCAUCACCUGUCCUCCAGAUAGAAUGAUGAACAGAAUUCUAGGAAAGUGCGUAUGUAAGGAAGGUUACAGAGAGGAGGUUUAUUCAGGAAUAUGUAUUGAUGUGGAUGAGUGCAUAACAGAUGGCCACAGAUGUGCAACAGAUGACUUGUGUAUCAACACAGUGGGCUCUUACAAGUGUUACUGUCCAUCUGGCUACAGCCUAAAUAGUGAUGGGUUAUCUUGUGAUGAUAUAAAUGAAUGUGAAAACUAUAACUGUGGUAUUGACAAGACUUGUUUCAAUAUGCUGGGUUCAUUCAGAUGCAUAGACACACCUUGUCCAGCAGGCUAUGUCAGAACAACAAGUGGUUGCAUUUGCCAGACUGGAUGUCAAGGACGCCGAAACGAGUAUGUUUAUAGGACAAUUGCUCUGAAACGAGGGAUCAAAGCCAGACAAGAUCUACUUCGUUUGUAUACAGUAUACGAAGCUGAUGGACAAAAGAGGAUUCACACUAACUCAGUUUAUACAAUAAUCAAUGAUCCUAAUGAAGAGCCUGUUCCGUUUAACAUCCGACGUGAUCCAUCCGGAGGCGGAAUGCUCUUCACGCUACGCGAGUUCAACAAAAUGGAGGAAUACCGGGUCAAGGUUCAAGCAAUUGGUUAUUCAUCAAACCAUCGUUACAUCGAUUACAAGACUACGUUUGUUAUCUAUAUUUCAAUAUCAGCAUAUACGUUUUAACUCAUGAAAAUCAAGGUUGACACAUUGCUUUCCCAAAUAGUGUGAUUCGAUUCUUUAUGCUAUUUGGUUGGCCUUCGAGUAUCAGUGAAACUUUAUGAGGAAACAACAAAAAAUAUGUAUGUCUCACACUGCCAACCAAGUACUGUAUCCAUGGGCAGCUAACUGGCAUUCCAAAAAUUUUGAUAAAUGGCUUACAUUUUCUAGGAAUGUACUUUUAGUUGUGAACACAUCUGUGCAGUGAUGUUUUCUCAGAGUUAACUGUCAAUGUUUUAAAUUUCUGUGUAGACAAUUUAAAGAUAAUGCUUUAGGUAGAGAAUGUAAACAAUUUUUAAACAGAAAUGAUAUUUUUCUAUGUAAAUUCAGCGAUCAUUUGUCAGAUGAUAAGAAUCAACAAAACUGCAGCUCCUGUUUUUGCAGUGCAAUCCUAAUUAUCAUGUGUAAAAUUUUUAUAUGGAAAGUAGCAUUUGCAGCAGAAAAAUUUAAAUAACUUUUUGUAAAAAAAGCUGAAAAGGCAUUUUUUUUAAAUCGUGUGUUUUUGAUAAAUAAGAAAUUAGAUGCCUGAUUGAGCAGAGAAUAUUGUUUAACUUAAUUGACUGUUUCUGUAAUUGAUACAAAAUUAAACAGUAAAGUAAAUUCAUUUUAAUAGCCCAAUAGAUAGUCCAAAAUAUGUUAUUGAUUUUGCCCUAAUUCAAAAAGCUUUUUUACUAUUUAGGGAGGGAAUAUUUCUAUAAGUCUAUUUCAUGAAUAUUUACCCAAUGAAAUUAACAAUUGCCAACAUUUGACAAUUGUUGGUUUAUACAGGUAUCUCAAUCCUAGACCAACAAAGUAAUUGCUAAUUUGUAUAAUUUUCUGAGGAACUAGGAAGUUCGAAGUAAUGUGUAUAAAAGAACAGAAGAAGUGUGUUAGUCAAUUUCAAAUUAAAAAAAAAAAGGAUUAAACUGAUGUCAUUCAGGCAUAGAUUAUGGUCUAACUUUGAAAUUGUUGUACAAAAAAAAACAAUAUUUUAAUUCAUUUCUUUUUUAUAUGUAAUCAGUUUAGUAUUAAAAAAAACGACUGUUGUUUUGAGUGUGAUGUAAAUUGUUGAAAUAUACAUGUAGGUAACUAUGCAGUGGCCCAGAAUAUUAUCCAAAAGCACACUCAGGUUUGAAAUCUCAUUAUCAAUAUAACCCUAUCAUUCAGGUUUCAGUUUAUUCAUGAAAAUCAGAAUGUUGCCAUAAAAUUGCUACACUGUUUACUGUGUUUUACUGCAAUCGUUUAUUGCGUACCUGUAUCUGAUGCAUCAAUUCAACCGACCAAAUUAGCAAUGUUGAAAGCUGUUGGCAGUAGCUUGUAGUGAUUUUAUGGAAACCAUGCUCAGCUAACAAAAUUCUAUAGUAAUGGUCAGGGCCAGAUUAACGUAGGGGCUUUUGGGACGCCAGCCCCAGGCCCACAUGCCCCAAUAUGGAAAAAUGGGCCCCGAACCCCAGGAAAAAUCACUGAAAAUCUGGUUUUAUGUUUUAGCCAGAGUAUUGUAGGCUCACUUGUAAUUACAGCCCCAGGCCCCACAGCCCUUUAAUCUGGCCCUGAUCGUGAAAACAAACAUAAUCGUGGUCAUUGGCAACUUUAUUUCAUAUAAUGUAUUCGUAGGUGAAAAUGGACAUUUUAUUAUAUCAAGGAUUUUUAACUGUACAGUUGUCUUUGAUUAUAUUUAAUGUAUUUGGAAAUAUUCCUGGUGUAUUUUUUAACAGUAUAUUGAACAUUAAAUAUUUAAUGUAAAUUAAAUUUUAUUUGCUAUGAAGGACAUGAGAUUUUACUACAUACUCUAAGAUGCUCAGAUGUUUCUGAGAUGCCUUUCUAUGAAUUGUAACAAUAUACUGCCACCGUCACGAUGUAGUGGUCCUCGAUUUAAACAUGAAACAAAAUAAAUAAUGUACAGUUAACAAAACAA